CCAUACGCACGUCCACCAGUUGAUACGAGGGUGCUUACAACGCGACGUGGACAUGCGGACUACGCGUUCACCGGCGGUCACGACACACCGUCAUCUCUGCGCCGUCUCCGCCUCCACCGCCUCCGCUGCGACAUCUGCGGUUCCAUUCCGAUGGAUUGCGGGAGCGCCGCAGAAUCCCAAGCCAGCCCGGAGCUCCCACUUUCGAAGCUCUACUACGUCGUGGAUGGGAUCGUUGCAAGCUCUACAUGCGCAGAUGAGUAUACUACGGCGGAUAAACACGAAGGCAUCUAGUGAUGUGGACUUCGUAGAAAUCUCUAAGCAGCGGCAGAGUAGCGGGGAACAUCGA